CAAAGCCCGACAGGCUUGCCUGCAGAAUCAGCCGAGCUUCCCUGUUGAUGUGCCCUCUUGCUCCUUUCUGCUCAGGCACCAGGGACUUCUUACCCACAUGCUGUAGCAGGCACUUACCUCGGCAGAUGGGUUUGGGGCUUCCAAAUGGCCUGUUCUCAAGCCUGCAGCAUUGUCUGUGCCGGUUUACAACUCCAGGAACCGCCAGUCUGUGAGAGUUCCUGUUAUCCAACUUCAAUGCUAGGGUUAAGUGCGCCGGCCUUUAUCCAUUAGAAAGUCUAUGAUGGCUACAGAGGCGAAGACCCCGUUGGCUGAACAUCCACUGAUGAGUCCAAGGGCUCAUCUGAAGCCUGAAAAGAAGUUAGGGCACAGCCCAAGGAGCCACGGGAACGGCAGACCAUGGAAAGAACUGAUGAUUCCAGGGAUCGUGGAUUUCCAGCUGAUCCAAGCGGCGCUGAGGACCCCCAAGGCCCAAAGCCCCGGGGCCUACCGCUUUGGCCGCCUCAGCCACCACUCCUUCUUCUCCCGGCACCACCCCCACCCACAACACGUGACCCACAUCCAAGAUUUCACCGGGAAGCCCAUCUGUGUCGUCAGAGACAAGUUCUCUCUGGCCCCCUCGCCUCAAGCCACACUCUUAUCCCGCUGUCUGAUGGCGAUGCCCACCAUCCCUGUCCCCAUCGGAGACCCGCAGUCCAACCGGGACCCCUGGCUUCCUUAUGGACACAGGGCAGAAGGCUGGGGAGAGGCCUGGAAGAAGGAACUGAAGAACCUGGCUUCUCGGGUGGCCGUCUUCACCGAGAAUGAGCUGAAGAGCAAAGAGCUACUUUGCUCCCAGCAGAAGGAGGAGCCUCCGCGGGAGCAGGGAGCAAAAUACUCAGCUGAGACCGGCAGGCUCAUCCCCACUGGCACCAGAGCCAUUGGCCACCGUCACUCCCGCCAGGACCCACGGAUUUAUCCCUCUGGUAAAGAUGGAGGAGUCCAGACCUUCAAGCUGCCGGAUCAGGAGCUGCUGAUCCUGGAGCUCCUCUGCCAAAUCCUGCAGACAGACUCCUUGAGCGCUAUCCAGUUCUGGCUACUAUAUGCUCCCCCGAAAGAGAAAGAUUUGGCCCUGGGGCUCCUGCAGACAGCGGUGGCGCAGCUCCUUCCUCAGCCCCUAGACUCCAUCCCAGUAGAAAAACUUCUGGAUCAGCUCCAGGAAGGCCAAGAGCCAUCUCAAGAGAGGAAACAGCCACCCUGCAGCCAAUCCUUGAAGAAGACGAAGACACCGCCUCUACCCAAAGGCGACAAACCGGAGUAUUUCGGGAAAGCCCAAGUCCUCCGAAUGCAUUCAAGCCAGAACGCAGCAGAGAAACCGUCAAAGCCAGAGGCAGAAUGCUGAGGAGUCUGAGCCACUUUGCCCACCCUGCUCAAGAGCAGCCCCCAGGUUCAAGGUUGUUCCCAGCCCUACGGCCUCAACAGCAACCCCGACUUUCCUAUCACAGGGAGCCUAUUAAAAACCUGCCUUCCCUUUAA